GACGCCUUCAUUUAUGACGCCGCCGUGCUGAACUACAUGGCGAGGAAGGACGAGGGCUGCAAGGUGAUGACCAUCGGCUCUGGGAAGGUGUUCGCCACCACCGGCUACGGCAUCGCGCUGAACAAGAACUCCCGCUGGAAACGACCACUGGACCUGGCCCUGCUGCAGCUGGUGGGGGACGAUGAGAUUGAUAUGUUGGAGCGUCUCUGGCUGUCGGGGAUCUGCCACAACGAUAAGAUCGAGGUGAUGAGCAGUAAACUGGACAUCGACAACAUGGCGGGGGUCUUCUACAUGCUGCUCGUGGCCAUGGGCCUCAGCCUGCUGGUGUUCGCCUGGGAGCAUCUGGUGUACUGGAAACUCCGGCACUGUGUGAAGCGAUCGGGGGGGAUGGACUUCCUCCUGGCCCUGAGCAGGGGAAUGUACAGUUGCUGCCAGUUUGAGGAUGAGACCACACCAGGAGGCAGCAAAGGCUCUUUGCCCCAGUAUCACACUGUGACCACCAUGCCUGCUGGGGCCCAGCAGCAUCUUGUGACAGCCACGGUAAACAACACCACGGCCAUUGCCAUGGUGCAGCAUCAUCAGCAGCAGCAGAUGCACCACCAGCAGCAGCAGCAACAGGGGCAGACCUAUAGCACCAUGCUCCCCGGGUCACCUCCAAACACAGGACACUCAGCGAUGGCUCUGGGCCCCUCAAACAGCCCCUUAUUGGAAGGCCCCAUGCCCUGCUCCACCUUCUUACCUCGCCACGACCGUAGACUUGCUGUCGUGGAUCGCUGGAACAGGCCGAAGCCGGAGAAAGUAAUGAGCGCGGGCAGCAGUGGUGGAGUGGGCAUUGGGGGAAUAGCCGGUGGCAUCACUGAACUCCAGGCCCAGCAGCAGUACCAGCAGAAUCUUGGACAGCACUGGAGCUUGCAGGGGGGAGUUGCAGGUGGAGCAGGGGCAGCAGGUGACACAGGGCUUGAUGAAUAUAAGCGCUACUAUGGUCCUAUAGAUCCAGAGGGGCUAGGGACUCACUCUGACCAACAGGCAGGGGGCCCCCAACAGACUCCCAAAGCUAAUCCACGAGGCCCCAAAGCCUCAGGGAUGCCACGGCCGCCUCCUAAAGGCCCCCCACAAGGCCCCCCACAAGGCCCAACACACUUAAUCUCCCAGCCCCCUCCACUACUCCCAUCUUCUCCUCGAAGGCCUCCCUUCUGGCGACGAGGAAGCUUAGUUCAGGCAAGAAGAAAAAGCUCAGGAGGUCCCCUGUAUGAGAAUAUCCUCCCACUCGGGAGGCGAGGAGGUGGCAGGUACGGAGCAAGUGAUGGAGCUGGUAGAAGAGGCCGGCGUCCUCCACCUCCUCCUCCAUUACCUGUCCCCCUUUCCUCCCCAACACACACCCCUACCAGCCCCUCCUCACCAUGCCGUUUAUACUCAUCCUGCUCCAGUGCCUCGUCCUCCUCCUCUUCCUCCACAUCAUCCUCAUCAUCUUCCUCAUCCUCCGCUUCUCUCUCCCGGUCCAAUUCUCCCUCCGUUUGCUCCAGUGACAGCUCCUACAACUCCUCACUGAGUUUCCGGUAUCGCGCCGGUGAUCGAGAGCUGACGGUGGACGACGAUAAUGACUCCGACCUGCUCACGGAGGAGUCCAGCCUUCUCCUGGGCUCACGGAGGAAGAUUCGUUCACGGCGCAUGUCAUCACGCUCUUUGCCAUGCAGCCCACCACCUCCACCAAUCCCUCCACGGAAACCACGUCCUCAGCGAGAUCACGGCAGAGAGAGAACUGGCAGCCAGCUCGCCCAAUUACAGGAGUGGUGGGCAUCAUGGGGGGACAGGGAGCGAGGGAGACAGGGAGCGACAACUGUCCGGGGUGAUGGAGGAGUGGGAAGGGAAGAGAAGAGGCAACACAAAGAGAGGGAGCGUGAAAGGAAGAGGAGGAAGAAGGGCCGAAAGAAGAAGAAGAGGGAAGAUAGGGAAAGAGAACGGGAGCGGAAGCGGCGUAAAGCGAAGAAAAAGAAGAAGAAGGAUGAUAAAACAAGGAAGAGAGAGAGAAAGAGGUCUGAGCAGGAGGGUGGAGAACCUGAAAAAAGAGAGGAACUUAAAUCAGGGACACUAGACUACCCAUCAUACCCAGCUCUGAGAAGGGAGUCCUUUCGGAAAAAGAGUGAAAGCUCCAUCAAAAGCUAUGGCUGGAAUAUCCCAGGUGACGAAGAGAGAAGGGAAGAGAAAGAGAGGGAUGAAGCAGAGGACAGCAGAGGAAAGGAAAAGGUCCUACGGCGAAGGAACAGCAAGCACUACCAAGGGUCCAGCACUAAGCCUUCGACAUCUGUAAAGUUCUGGGGACCGGGAAACCCGUCUUCUGACACCAUUCCAUCUGCCUUCCUGCCUUUGGUGCCUGUCUCCUCUAAAAGGAGGAAGAGUAAAAGUUCUGACCGGGAAGGUGUAGCAGUCGAAGUGGAGAGAAGGCCCUUGUUGGCCAGGGACGGCAGAAGUGAGAUGCAUUCCAAAGAGGGGUUGUCCUUUCACGAGUGGGAGUCCGAUGGAGAGGAUGAGGAAGAGGAUUCUGAGCAGGAGAGGAGGAAAGCCGGGGGGCGUGGGAAGCGGCGCAGAGCAGGAAGGACGAUGUCCGAUGAGGAGCGGGAACGUGACAAGGUCGUCGGGAUAUAUUCUGAUGAUGAUGCUUCUUCUGGGGAGUUUGGAAAGUUUGAGCGGUACUGGGAGGAUCAUGAAGGAAGGGCGGUCGGAGGCAUCGGAGGGGGAGGUUGGUUUUUUAGUACCUACCCCUCCAGGGAGAAAGUCGGCAGCAUCAACAGUAGAGAUGACCUGUUCCUGGAGCGGGGCGAGAGGUGGGUGGAUAAACUCCACAUCCAGGAUGAGAAGAAGAGUAGACGCAAGUCAAAGGACAAGAGCAGAGGGCGGGCAGCUUACUCCUCCCGUCACUCACCGCGACAUCACCCGCACCCCCACUCAGCCAAAUGGGCCCGUGUAACCUCAAGAAGCCAGGAAGAGUUGUACCGCCAUUGCCAGAGUUUCCCCCUGAAGCCCAAGCAUGACUCCUCCUCGUCCUCCAAGCCAGACCGCUCACAGAAUCCAUCUAAGUCUGGCAGUCAGUCGAACCUCAUCCUCCAGCAGCGGACACAGAGACCGGAUAGGGAUCGAGGAAGGCAACAGUCCCCGACCCCAACCCUCUUACCCAACUUGCCACCCCCACUCCCUGCCCUCCCGGCUCCUCCGUCCUCAUCUCACCCGAUCCAUGCUCCUCCCCCUACCUCGUCCUCUUCUGUAUCCUCCCCCUCCGUGGUCUCCUCCAUGGCUUCGGCAAGUGCCAAACUGCAGUACCAGAGAUUGCGCUCUGUACCCCAGCCCCAGAGGUUUCCUCAGUCUCCUCACUUACCACUUAAAGCCAAGAGCCUUUGCUCCCGAAGGGGCUCGGCCCAUUUCUCCAGCGUGGAGAGUGAGGUCUGA